AUGGUAUGAAAUAGGACACGAAAAGACUUUCCAAAAUUUUUAUAGUAGUAUUGUAUUGAUUACUACUCGUAUUUCCUAAAAAAAAUAUCCCAUGUUCUGAAAAGUUAAAAAGAGUGAAGACACACCACUAACAUGGAAAGACUUUGCACUCUCUAUUUCCCAUUUCCUUACACACACAAACGCUACUCAAAUAACCCCUUUUCUCUCUCUAUUUUGCAAACCCCGCCGACCACAAAAAAUAACCCAUUUUCUCUUUUCUCCGAUCCAACCCAUUUUCUUAUUGGUAUAGACCAAUAAAUUUCUAAAAAAUAAAAAAUUGCUAUAAUUGUAAUACAGGUGAAGAAGCAUUCUAGGCUUUCUUGAAUCUUUUUUGGCAGCUUACAAAUUUGACUAGAGCAACCCCAUUUGCCUAAAUUUGGAAUUUGUUUAUGUGAGAUCAUUUUCUUGCCAAUUUUGGAAUCUGGGUUUUGUUCUACUUAACUUUGAGCUGAUUUUGUGACAUGGGGUUUUGUUAAUUAGCAUGUAAUUAGUUAGUCUGAGCUGAUGGUAUCUAAAUUUUUUUAUCUUUUGUUUGUUUCUUGCUAAUUUUGGUAUCUGGGUUUUGUUCAUCUAUACUUAGCUUUGAGCUGAUGGGUUUUGCUAAUUAGCUAGUUUGAGCUUGUGUUUAGAAAAAAUCAGAACUUUAUUCAGUGCUAAAAAAAAAAAAGAUUGACUUGACUGGUAGAUUUGCAAAAAGAAGUGAGCAGAAAUGUUAUAGAUUGUUAGGAGCUUGUAAACCGUAGAAGAAUUGUUAUUUCAUCCGCCAUGAACGAUUGCUCGGAUCAUGAGGCAGCUCCUUGUAAAGAAACAGCAAAGAAAAAGAGGAAUCUCCCUGGAAUGCCAGAUCCUAAUGCGGAAGUCGUCGCGUUGUCACCAAAGACUCUAUUGGCAACAAACCGAUUUGUGUGCGAAAUUUGCAAUAAAGGGUUUCAGAGAGACCAGAAUUUGCAGCUUCAUAGAAGGGGUCACAAUUUGCCUUGGAAGCUAAGGCAGAGAACAAGCAAUGAGGUGAAGAAGAGAGUCUAUGUUUGCCCCGAACCUACGUGUGUUCACCAUGAUCGUUCACGGGCAUUGGGUGAUUUGACUGGGAUCAAGAAGCAUUUCUGCCGGAAACACGGUGAGAAGAAGUGGAAAUGCGACAAGUGUUCGAAGAAGUACGCGGUUCAGUCUGAUUUGAAGGCUCAUUUGAAGAUUUGUGGAACUAAAGAGUAUAAAUGUGAUUGUGGGACUAUGUUUUCAAGGAGGGAUAGCUUUAUCACGCACAGGGCAUUUUGUGAUGUAUUAGCGAAAGACGGUGAGAAAGCACAGAAUGCAGUUACAACUCCUAUUGCUGAUGAGGACUGUAAGGUUCAAGCUGUUGUUUCAUCUACACCACCACCACCAACACCUCCUACUCCCCCACCAGCUUCAGAGCCUCCAGCUGUUCCUUCACCAGCUGCCCCGGAGCCUCUACCACCUCCUGUUACUCAGUCAACUGAUUUAAUGUCUUCUGAUUCUCCCAUCCAGAAUCCAGAGUUGGUGGAGAGUCCACGCACAAAUUCCACUGGAACCAUUACCAAACAGGUUAUGGAAGAAACAACAGCUAAAACGAGGUUGUCUGGAAUCUGCAGCAGUAGCUCAAGCUCUGGAUGUACCACCAGUAGCAGCAUUUUUCCAAGCUUGACUGGAAUCUCUAGCAGCAGUAGGAGCUCAAGCAGUAAUGGAAGUACCACCACCACCAGCAUUUUUCCAAGCUUGACUGGAAUAUGCAGCAGCACUAGGAGCUCGAGCAGUAAUGGAAGUACCGGAAACAUCAGCAUUUUUCCAAGCUUGACUGGAAUCUCUAGCAGCAGUAGAAACUCGAGCAGUAACGGAAGUACCAGCAGCAGCAGCAUUUUUGGAAGUUCCACUGGAAUCUGUAGCAGCAGCAGUAGCUCUAGCAGUAACAAAAGUACCAGCAGCAGCAGCAUUUUUACAAGCUUGACUGGAAUCUGUAGCAGCAGCAGUAGUAGCGCGAGUAGUAAUAGAAGUGCCAACAGCAGCACUUUUGCAAGCUUAUUUGCUUCAUCAACUUGUUCAGGAAGUUUGCCUUUGCCGUCUCAAGCACCUCAAUUUACUGAUUGGUUUCAAUCCGUCGCUCCUGCUCCGCCACCUGAUAUGGAACCACCAUCAUCUAUGGAACCAAUCUCUCUCUGCCUUGCAAUGAAUCAUGGUUCAUCAGUCUUUGGACCAGCUGGACAAGAGAGGAGGCAGUAUGCUGCUGCAGCACCACAACCAGCCAUGUCAGCAACAGCAUUACUGCAGAAGGCUGCUCAGAUGGGUGCAACGUCGACAAAUUCAUCAUUGUUAAGGGGUCUUGGGAUUGGGAUAUUAUCCUCUGCUUCAUCGUCUAGUGGGCAACAAGAAUGGAGUGGGAGACAAAUUGAUACCAAUGGUGCAACAUUGGCUGCAGGCCUUGGGCUUGGACUGCCAUGUGAUGAUGGCUCUGGUCUAAAGGAACUAAUGCUGGGAACUCCAUCUGUUUUCGGUCCCAAACUUCCGACUCUUGACCUUCUUGGAUUGGGGAUGGCAGCAGGUGGCGGCCCAACACCUGGAUUAUCGGCUUUAAUAACAUCCAUGGGCGGUAAUCUAGAUGUGGCCGCUGCAGCAGGAUCAUUUGAUAGUGGAGAAUUUUGUGGGAAAGAGUUGGGAAGAAGUUCAUGAUACAAAAUGUAAAGGACUAUGAAACUUUAGUUGACAAUUUGGCAAACUCGUUAGUGUAGGGAGAAAACGUCUUUGUUGUAGUAAUAUAGAAGCCUGUUGUAUCUGUGUAAACUUUUCUACUCUUUACUCUAAAACAGUUAUGUUAAUAGAAGUGUAAAGUGAUAAUUUGCGCAA